CAAACUCCGCAGACCCGGGCCGGCCGUUUUCUUCUUCUCUAUUACCAUGGCCACUCCUGCCGGAUUCCAGGCGCUACCUCUUCCUCUCAUCCAGCUCUCGCUUGCUGCCGUUCUCAAAUGCGGGCAGUCAUUUAGGUGGUCUAUACUACCCCUUCCGACGCCUAGCGAUCCUGCCAUAACCGCGCAAGAAUACCGGUUGUGUCUUCGAGACCGCGUCGUUUGCCUACGACAAUCACAAAACGCGUUAUUUUACCGUUCAGCGUUCCCCGACCCUCAGCCAUCACCAACUCAGCUACAGCUUAGAGAAGCAGAAACACUUUUGUGGAUCAACGACUAUUUCCAGCUAGACGUUGACCUCUCAAAGCUGUACGAUGAAUGGGCUGCUCGCGACAGCGUGUUUUCUGGCGUGAAAGAACGGUUUGGUGGAAUUCGCAUGCUGCGACAGGAUCCUUGGGAGAAUCUUAUCUCCUUCAUAUGUUCAUCUAAUAACAAUAUUUCUCGUAUAACCAAAAUGGUACAGUCGCUCUGCAAGCAAUACUCCCCAGAGCUGCUCUCUCUUCACGAUCCAUCCGGACGUGAGACUCACUCUUACCACCCAUUCCCUCCUCCUUCUGUCCUUGCCGCGCCGUCUGUAACCGCGACUUUACGUGCUUUGGGAUUCGGAUAUCGCGCAGGGUACAUCCAGAAAACUGCACAGAUGCUUGUGGAUGCUCAUGGCACUAUUGAGGAAGGUCGCGAGCCUGCAGAAUUUUGGCUUGAGAGCCUACGCGGGUUAACCACUGCUGACGCGCGUGCAGAACUUUUGAAACUCAUGGGAGUUGGCAGAAAAGUCGCCGAUUGCAUUCUCUUGAUGAGCCUCGACAAGAAAGAAGUCCUCCCCGUCGACACCCAUGUGCAUCAAAUUGCCAUCAAACACUAUGGUUUCAAGGGUUCAUUGAAGGGCAAAACUCCUAUGACUCCCAAGCUCUAUGAAGAAGUCAACAACAAAUUGGUAAAGGUCUGGGGUGAUUAUGCUGGCUGGGCCCAUUCGGUUUUAUUUACGUCGGACCUCAAAUCCUUUGCGUCGUACGGCGUCCGAGAUCCUACCCCGUCAUCGCCUGUGAAAGGUAGCAGACGAUCGAAUGUAGAAUCACUUCUACCAACACCCCCAACAACCCCGUCGCCGUCGCCGUUGAAGAGAAAAGCGUCUUCGAUUCCGCUCGAGUCUUCGAAUGAAUCAGGCACUUUGGCCGAGAGGGUGAAGAGGAUGAGACGUAAAUGAUAGGUGCUAACUACGGUUCGUCACUUUUCCGAGGAAUUACACCUUCCUGUAAGGGGGGUCCAUGGCUUGCGUUGUCUGGACUCGACUCUCUAGAUCUGCUUCAGUAGAACAGGGCGUUGCUUUUCGAUAAUUAAUACCUAUUUUUGGCUAAAUAGACGGCAACGAUGAUUGGCAGGGUCAAGGAGCUUCUGACGUCGUCACGAUAUUAUGCAAGUGUCGAGCUGCGGUUUGUAGUCACAGUAAGAUGUAGGUGGGAAACCC